AUGGGCAAGACAUCCAAAGAUAAACGCGACAUAUACUACCGAAAAGCCAAGGAGCAGGGAUGGAGGGCUAGAAGUGCUUUCAAGCUCAUGCAGAUUGAUGAUGAGUUCAACAUACUAUCCAAUGUGAGAAACGUUGUUGACUUAUGUGCUGCGCCGGGAAGUUGGAGUCAAGUUUUGGCCAAACGAUUAAUAGACGAUAAAAGGCAUGAGGAGAAUUUCCUUGCACCCAAGAUAGUUGCUGUUGAUCUUCAGCCUAUGUCUCCAAUCCCGGGCGUCAUCCAAUUACAAGGAGAUAUUACGGAGAUUUCGACAGCAGAGCGCAUUAUAAAUCAUUUUGAUGGAGAGAAAGCGGAUUUGGUUAUUUGUGAUGGAGCUCCGGACGUUACUGGUCUUCAUUCACUGGAUGAAUUCAUGCAGAGCCAAUUACUUUUGGCUGCUUUCAACAUUACUUCUCAUGUGCUAAAAAACGAAGGAAAUUUUGUUGCAAAGAUUUUCCGUGCCAGAAAUGCAACUCUGCUCUAUGCUCAAAUGAAAAUGUUCUUCAAGGAAGUGUACUGUGCAAAACCCAAGAGUAGUCGACAAAGCAGUUGUGAAGCUUUCAUUGUUUGUAUUGGCUACAACCCACCUGUAGAAUACAUACCUACAAUGAAAAACCCGAUGUUCGCAGAAGACUAUGAUGAGGAAAUAAAUCAACUUAAUGGAGUGAAUAGAGUACUAGUUCCAUUCCUAGCCUGUGGUGAUUUGAGUGGAUUCGAUAGUGAUAGAAGCUAUCCUCUUGAGAUACCUGACAUAUUCUCAGGCACACUUCCAGAGAGAUAUGUUUUCCGGGAAGUUGUACAAGGCCCUACUGAGCCGGCUUAUAAGAAAGCAUGUGAAUUGAAAAAGGGAGACAAAUUGAUUAAGCCGGAAAAUUUGAUGAAAAAGGUUUUGAAGGAUGUUAAAAAGCACGAGGUUAAAAAGCCUGUCGGGCCUGAACAAAGUGAUAUAGGUUAUGAAGCAGAACUGUGCGAAGGGUUAUCAACUAUUUUUAACAGCUGA